AGAUAGAUCAUUCAUUGCGCUCGAGUCGGUCGGGGCAGCCACACGCGUAUUUUAGAUUGCAUAACACCUUCUUACGACGCCCGCCACCGCUGGCUAACCACAAACCAUAAAGCACCAUUCGAAUUUCAAAAAUAAAUCCCGCCAAUGCCAACUUGUCAAAUGCAACUGGCUGAAUAAUUGAUUAUCAUGUGCAUUGUUGAGUGAUUUUUAGCAACAAGGUUUUGUUAUUUUUAUCAUGUGGGUUCGGAAGGAGGUUCCUUGGUUAUCAUGUGUCGUGUUGCUGGUAGCAUUGACGACGACCGGAUGCUCCGAAGAAGGCUCCCGUGUGAAGCGAGUGCGCGCCGACUCGUCGGGGCUGGCGGGACAGGAGCCCCCGCAGGCGCUGGACGCGGAGCCCGAGCCCGCGGUCGCGCCCCCUGCCUUCCUCAGCCGCUCGGUGAAGGAGUACUUGGAGCUGGGGAUGGCUAUACCUGGCAAGCCAGGGACAGACUACCCGGUGCUGGGCGCGGUGCCGUACACCAACUUCUACUGCGACGACCAGCCCUACCCGGGCUUCUUCGCGGACAUGGACACCAGGUGCCAGGCGUGGCACUACUGCGACAUCGACGGGCGACAAGCCUCCUUCCUCUGUCCCAACGGGACAAUCUUCUCUCAGGCCGUCGCGUCCUGUGAUUGGUGGUUCAACGUGCGAUGCUCGCUGUCUCCCUCACUCUACCCGCUCAACGCAAGACUCUACCGGCGGAGAAGGAAACAGAAGAAGCCACAGCCGCAUAGGCUCAUCGACAAACAGUUGUUGGAUGAGAUCUUCUUGUAGUUCGCUAGUGCUUGUGUAGAUGGCGUUGUUAGUGUGUUGAGUUAUGAGGAGUUUUCAGUUGCCAUUGUGUUGUGUGAACUUUUUGUGCUUUCGUUUGUGAUGUUGGUUCUAAAGGCGGGGUGGUAUUUUUUAAACGCAAUAAUCGACAAUACAUAAUAAGAAUUAAGUCAAGUCUUCAAUAAUUAAAAUCAGCAAUACCGUUUUGAAGCUUCAAGCUUUGCAGGUUUUCAUAAGUUUAGAUUAAAGUUGACAAAUGAUAGAGAUACCAUUAUUUUUCUUAUGUUUAAGUUUA